GGCUCCAGUGCUGAAACCGGAGUUCCCGCCCGCCGAACCGGCCGAGUCUGCACCCGGACGGUGCCCGCCGCCAUGCCGCAGCGGAAGACACCGCCGUUGAGCCCAUCGGAGAGUGUGGCAGGCAUGCUCGAUGGGCUUGCGACCUUCCGGAUGGAGUUCGUAGCCAAGCAGGAGCAGCUUUUGAAGAGUUUGGAUCGGGAAAUGGAGAAGGCCAAGCUGCUGAUGCCCUUGCCGCGGGAAGGGGCUUCACCGCCAACGAUGCCUAUGACGCACAACGCCUGGAGCAAGGACAAGGCGACGGCAGCCACAGUGAGCAGUUUGCAGCUCCCCGGAGCCGUACCAGACAUUGAGGAAGAGACAGAGGAGGAGGAGGUCCCUGAGAAGAAGGGUGUCUUCUCUGCAGGGCUGCCCUCGAUCGCGGAGCUGCGGAAGAAGACCAUCCCGUGGAUCCACAAGCAGGGCACUCGCCUCAUGGAGAAGGAAGAGGGGCAUCGGGCCUUCUCAGAGUUAAAGCCCGAGUUCGCCACUGCCCGGCUGAGGUCUGCGGCUGCAGAGGAGUUCCCAUCGGAGAAUGUCUUCAGGAAGGAUUGUCGCUGGACAAAUAUUAUUUCAAACCCUUGGUUUGAAAAGGUUGGCCUGACGAUGAUUUUCUUCAAUGCGAUUUGGAUUGCAGUGGACAUCGACUACAACUCCGCCCUCAUCAUUUUGGAUGCGUCCGUCAUUUUUAUCCUCAUGGAGAUUAUCUUUGGUAUUUACUUCUGCGGCGAGCUCCUUUGCCGAUACAUGGCCUAUAUCUCCACCAGGCACGCAUUCAAAGAUGCCUGGUUCUCCUUCGACUUCCUGCUGGUGUUCAUCAUGGUUGCUGAGACAUGGCUAAUGCCUUUGAUUGACAUUGUCAUUGAGGGCCUCGCCGGCAGCGGCACCGGCUUCGGGCGCUCUGCGUCGGUGCUGCGGGUGCUGAAGGUGCUCCGGGUCUUACGCACGGCCAGGAUCAUUCGAGUGGCACGGUACAUGCCCGAGCUGAUGAUUUUGAUCAAGGGUUUGAUGGUGGCCGCACGCUCCGUGUUCUUCACCUUGGUGCUCCUGCUGUUGAUCACCUACAUCUUCAGCAUCACGUUGACGCAGCUGAGUCGGGAUACCUCACUAGACGCCGCCAUGUAUUUUCCGAAAGUGCAUAUUGCAGUGCUGAAUUUGAUCCUGCACAGCGUGAUGCCCGACCAGGAGGGCUUCUACCGAGAGGUGGUGGCAGAGGAUUGGUAUUUUGGUGUCUUGUACGUGGUGUUCAUCAUGGUCGGCUCGUUGAUCAUCAUGAACAUGUUGGUGGGCGUCUUGGUGGAGGCCGUGCAGACCGUGGCCAGCUGCGAGCACGAACAGAUCCAAAUCGACUUCGCCAAGAGGGUGCUCUUCGAGAUGAUCGACGCUGAAGGCGCCGAUGAGAAUGGAGACAACCUCAUCUCGGUGCAGGAAUUCGAGCGUUUGCUGGAGAAGCCCGAUGCGGUGGCGGCCCUGCAGCGUCUCGGGGUGGAUCUGUAUGCGGCCCUGGAGUAUGGCAAGUUGCUCUUUGAAGAUGGCCAGCCUUUGACCUUUGGAGAGCUUUUGGAGGGGAUGUUGAUGCUUCGCGGCUCCAAUCAGACCACCGUCAAGGACUUGGUGACCCUCCGGAAGUUCACCGCGGACGAGUUCGGCCACCUCCACACAGUCCUCGCGGAGGUGGUGAAGCGCAUGGACCGAGGUCACCUACCACCGAUUCCCCGUAGCAAGAGUUCGCCUCCAAGGGCUCUGAUCAAGGGCGUCGACGAGGUGUGAGGCGUGAGAAGGAGCUGAGAAUCAGAAGACCCUGAGAAGACCUGAGCUUCGCGCCUUGCAAUGAAAAACAUCCUCCCUUUAGCCUCCAAACUAGUUCUCACUACUACUAUCAACUGUGAACAACUGUGAGCAAAGCUCACAGAAUCUCCUGCCGUCUUGACUGGAAGGGGCUUUUUGCUCCGCGAAAGAUUUCCCCCGAUGGGGGAGCUCCUGCUAUCACGCAAAGCCCACCGGUUUCUGUGAAUGAAACGUCAAUAAUUGCACGACUACAUGGGUCCACUCGAAAUUGUUGAGAGAGUGUACUGCUGACCGCCCCCAG